GCUAUGGUGAACCACAGUAUCGAAGGAACAACAGCCGGUGUUCGAUAUCAGGAAGAGCCUAGACGGAGAUUCCUCCCAGUGAAGUGAAAGUGAUCCUGGGUUUACCACCAGUGAACAGUAGGUAGAAGGAAAAACUAAAACAAAAUACAGAUGUUGCAGCAAGUGACUUGGUAUGAUUCUUUUUAAGUGAAGUGCGAAACUGCGUUUUUGCGCUAGAUUGAAAAUUUGUGAAAAAAGAAUAAAUUUAAUUAGUUACAUAGAAAGGGAAAAUUAGAAAGCGACGUCCAGAUCAACAGCAUAGCCCAUCCUCAUUUGCCGACCUCAUCACCUGGAAUAAUCUGCCCCCGAGCGUCGGGUUCCAACCAAAAUGAAUCUAAUUGCACGCAGUCAAUCGCCUAUCGUUUAUACGGCCGCACUGAUCCUGCUCAGCAUAGUCCUGCUGUUGGCGGUGGGUGACCACACGUGCAGCGCAGAAACGACACUCGAGUCCAACGGUCUGUUCGGUGCCGAUGCCAAACAUGUCGGUGAUAAGCGGCCAUUUUUUGUUGGCAGCCGCUACGGCCGGUCACAAAUGUACGGCGGUAAGGAGCUUCGGCAGGUUAACGUGGUGCCUCGGAAUGAUCGUUUCUUCCUGGGGUCCCGAUAUGGCAAACGCGCCGACCCGCUGACAAAAGAAUUCGAAACGGAUAACAACAACGGUGCCGAACUUACCUAUCUCGCGUGUUUGCACACCGGUGUGUCCAACCUCUAUCGGUGUUACGGAAAAGAACGGGACACCCCCGGUAGUGGCCAAACCAUCCAGCAAUAUAACGAAAACCUGGACUCCUCGGAUCAAUAAAGAAGUUUAACGCGAACGCAAAGUCAAUUGCCUCCGAAUGCCAACACUAUCCGUCACGCUGCUGCUAUCAAAUCGUCAACAUCUAGAAUGCAUGCUGUCAUGAGAAUUGAGAGAUGUUCGGGAAAAUCCAUUUAAACGUUCGAUUCAACUCACUCGGCAAAAAUUAAAUUGUAUGAAAUUUUCAUGAAUUCGAGAAUUCAAACAAAUAACAAGGCUGGGUAAUUUUUGCCCAGAGAGUUAGAAUCAUCUAUUUUUCCGCAGACAUUAAACCUGUUUCCUAGUCCAGAAUUAAUUGGGCUUCAAAAUUUAUGUAUAGAUGCAAAAACUUUAAGAAAAUUUAGACCGUUACAGUGGUUUUAACCACCUAAUAAAGCUCAACAGAUUUUAGUUACAGGUUUGGUUAUAGUACGUGCUUUCCUUCAAACAUUUAUCCUAAUCGAAAUUUUUUGGAACUGUUCAAUUUGACGAAACUAUAAUACAUUUUUUUAUGUAACGCCAACGUUGUUUUCUUAUCGAAAUUAUGCAUGCGAUAUUUUUGAAAAUUGUUGCAAAUCAAACGAAUAAACAAAUGAGCCACUGAGCAUGAGACUACAAAUACACUGUUAACAGCAUUUGUAUGUGAUUUUAAAGUUGAAAUAUAGUAAUGGCCCUCCUAUGUGUGAUCAUCUACAUAAUUCUAUCAUUUCCAUUCAAUGCAGGUUGAUCCCUAUCGGCACUGUUCUUGUUAAGGUAGACUAAAUAAAUCAUAUGAUAAAAAAAUGCUGUGUAAAUAUAUUUUACGUUCCAAGAAAUGUUCAUUCUUCAUAUGUUUGUUUUAUAACACGAAUCUCAACUCAUUGUACUCGAAGAACAUCCGCCCAACAAUUUUGAAAUUUCUACAAUCUACCAUAUUUAGAGGGACAAAAAAGCUUCUUUUUUGGUACAUAUAAAUACAUUUUACUCACAAUCCCUAAUACAUCUCA